UCGCUUUGUCUCAGAGGUUACAGAAUAAGGCGACAUAUUCUGCGGGGCGAAACGGGAUGGGCCACCACCACCGGCCGAAAAUAAAUUAACUCUUCGCACUGUACUAAACAAGCUACUACGCUGGCUGCAAGGCGGGUUGGUGCAGCAAAUGAUGUCUUGUUGACCAGUACCGUACCAAUUAAUCAUUACCUAAGGUAACUUUUCCAUUACCAGGCUACAGUAUCUAUCAACUAUCAAAGAUGCUAAGUCGAACAAGAAUCACUGCUGCAGGAUUCUGUGCACAGUUGUCAUCUCCUUCUAGAACUAGACUACGGCCAGGAUUUCGAAUUGAACCUUUUUCCUCAUUCCGCCAGCAGCUAUUCUUUACCACCUCGAUACGCACCAUGGCUCCUCCAAAGUCGGCACAUGAGUUCUUGGACUUUGUCAACGCCUCCCCCACACCCUACCAUGCCGUCGCCACGUCGGCCUCGCUGCUCGAAAAAGCCGGCUUCGAGCUGAUCAAGGAGCGUGACAACUGGUCACACUCCCUGCGUCCCGGCGGCAAGUACUACCUCACCCGCAAUGGCUCUAGCAUUGUGGCCUUCGCCAUAGGUGCCAAAUGGCGCCCGGGGAACCCAUUUGCCAUGGUUGGAGCCCACACCGACUCGCCCUGUCUCCGCAUCAAGCCCGUCAGCCGCAAGACAAACUCGGGCUUCCUGCAGGUAGGCGUCGAGACGUACGGUGGCGGGCUCUGGCACACUUGGUUCGACCGUGACCUGAGCAUCGCUGGCCGCGCCCUCGUCCGCGACGGCGAGGGCCGCUUCGCCCAGCGCCUCGUCAAGGUCGACAGGCCCAUUCUCCGCAUCCCGACCCUGGCCAUCCACCUCAACCGCGCCUCCGAGUUCAACCCCAACAAGGAGACGGAGCUGUUCCCCAUCGCUGGCCUCGUCGCCGCCGAGCUGAACCGCACCGGUGCCUCGGCUGCCAGCAGCAGCAAGGACGACGGGUCCGCCGAUGCCGCCAAGGAGGGCGACUACCAGCCUCUCAAGGCCAUGACGGAGCGCCACCACCCCUACAUUGUCGAUAUCGUAGCGGAGCAUGUAGGCGUGGCUGUCGACGAUGUCGUCGACUUUGAGCUCGUCCUGUACGACACGCAAAAGUCGUGCCUCGGCGGCCUCAACGAUGAGUUCAUAUACUCUGCCCGCCUCGACAACCUCAACAUGACCUUCUGCAGCGUCAUGGGUCUGAUCGAGUCAGUAAAGUCGCAGGAAAGCCUCGACUCAGACUCAUGCAUCCGCCUCAUCUCAUGCUUCGACCAUGAGGAGAUUGGGUCCACCUCGAGCCAGGGUGCCGACUCAAACCUUCUCCCGGCCGUCAUGCGCCGCCUCUGCGCCGUGCCGGCCUCGCGCUUCGACGACGCCUCGAGCGACAAGUCGUACCACAAGGUCGAGGGUGAGGACGACUCGACCACGGCCACAGCCUUUGAGCAGUCCCUCGCCACGUCCUUCCUCAUCUCGGCCGACAUGGCCCACUCGGUUCACCCAAACUAUGCCCAAAAGUACGAGAGCAACCACUCGCCCGAGAUGAACAAGGGCACAGUCAUCAAGGUCAACGCCAACCAGAGGUACGCCACCAACUCUCCCGGCAUCGUGCUGCUGCAGGAGUCGGCCAAGCUCGCCGCCGUCCCGCUGCAGCUCUUCGUUGUGAGGAACGACUCGCCGUGCGGCAGCACCAUCGGUCCCAUGCUCUCGGCCAAGACGGGCAUCCGUACCCUCGACCUGGGCAACCCGCAGCUGAGCAUGCACAGCAUUCGCGAGACGGGAGGGUCCUACGAUGUGGAGCACUCGAUUCGUUUGUUCGAGGCAUUCUUGAGCAACUAUUCCAAGCUCGAGCCCAAGAUACUCGUAGAUUAG